AUGCCCGACUCAUCCAGCGCCCCUCGAAGAGUAUCAUUCGGUUAUAUUCUCGGGUUCAGUGAUAAACCUUACAAAGAUCCAAAACCACCACCGCCACCGCGCCCCAGAAGGCCGAGCCAGCUGGCUGAAUUGGUCGCUUCGCCCGGAGGUUUGGUAGAGUGGACAGCAAGCGAUGGACGCAAGGGUAGACUUACAGGCAUGGGCAAGCCGCAAUUGACUGCCGCAAGUCUUGCUAAAGUCCCAUCUGAGAUCCAACCAACAAAGGAGCAUUCGAAAAAAUCUACUUACAAAAACCCCGCUAGUAACCCCGAGAACCUAUGGACAACCGGAGGCUGGGAUAAUGUCGAGGCCACUGGUGGGUCAAUAAAGUCAACAUCAAAGAAGGCGCCUAGCAGCAAGAACAACGCCUGGGAAACUGGUGAUUGGAAUCCCAGUGGUUCUAACAAAGGAUCUCAGAAGGCGGCCAGCUGCACCCAAGUGCCGGGGGGGUCGAGAGAUCCUGAUGAAAAAAACGAUGGGAAAUCAACCGAGCAGGCAACCAAGAGUGGAGAUUCGAACGAAACGCCAGCUUCAACCAACACUGUUACAGAGCAAGGCUCGGCAAAGAAACCCGAUGACACAAAUACAUGGACGAAGGAGGAGGACGAGCAGCUACUGCAGAUGAAAACGGAGAAUGCGUCAUGGAAAACUAUCCAGGAUAAGUUUGGUAAGACCAGGAGACAGUGCGCAGAAAGAUGGAAUAUCGUCAAAGCAGCGGACGGGAAACCUGACAAUGCGAAUAACAACGCUGGUAAAGGGGAUGCAAGUCAGAAGAAAGACAACAAGCUUGACGAAGAGAAACAGAACCAGGGCACCAAGGACAGUAAGAAGGACAACAGCAAGGAAGAAGACAAGAAAGACGCCGAAGUUCCUGAUGUUCCCUGGGGCGACACCUUCGAAGAAACGUUUGGCGAGACAAGUGACGACAAGCAAGGCGAGGCCGAGAAAGCCAACGAUGGAGAUACCUGGGGAACGGGUGAUCCUACAAACACAGGCAACACCGAUGAUGCCAAAGACAGCGGCGAUCUCUGGACCAAGGUGGAUGGCGCCGGUGAUAGCAAGGACAAAGACUCUGGCGAUCUAUGGGGUCGGGGAAUUUGGGACACUACCAACCAGGAGACCAACCUUGCCGCAGCUCCGAACAUCCCGCAAUCCGCAGCUCCAGCAAAACCCGCAUCACCCCCUCGCUCCACCAAAGCACCAUCCGAGGCCCGCUCGCGCCGCAGCUCGUCCAGCAAGUCUAAAUCCACCGCGACUCGUCCUGCUGAGAUCGAACUCGAGCCCGAUGACACCUUUUCUGCCGACGAUUUACGCUUGAUUGCCCGUAUCCUGCAGCAGGACUGCUCGAUGGUGUGGAGUAGGCUUAGUUGGCGGUUUAGGGAUAAGACGGGUAGGACACUUGAUCCCGAGGUGUUUGAGAAGAAAAUUACGGGGACAGUUGAGGGUGAAGGGAGGAAGUGA